AUGGCAGCUCUCGAAGAAUAUAAAGACAUCAUUGAGGAAUUGGUCGCGAGGGGGAAAUCCCAUAGAGAAAUUUCACAAUUUUUGCAACAGAACUGCAACGUUGAGAGAGGAGCGUCACUGAGGAGCGUAAAGAGCCUUUGCGCAAAAUAUUCAAUUUACAAGCCCAGGCUCAAUGACAGGGAACUUCAAGAGGAAGUUGAAAUAGCAAUUGGAGAGGUGGGUCCAACUUAUGGAAGAAAAAUGAUGAAAGGAUAUCUCAAAUCCAAAGGAAUGGACGCCAGUGAAAGACGAGUUGGCGAGUCACUGAAGAGGCUAAAUCCCACACAGAAUGAGGAAAGAAUGAUGGUUGCAAAAAAUCUUAACCCGAUGCCAUAUGUUGCGGAGUAUUUUCGACACAAGCUACAUAUGGAUCAAAAUGAAAAACUAGUGAUGUUUGGUGUCACCCAUGUGAUAGCACGCGAUGGAUACAGUGGAAAAAUUGUAUCUCAUGCUUCCAUGGCAACAAAGAAUAACUUGCUUAUUUAUGAUCAAGUUUUCAAGUAA